AUGAACUCCACGCCCAUCUCCACGUAUCCCAACUGUCUCGAGAUGCGAGCUCAGGCAGAUAACCUUAUGGAAAGAGUGGAUGAGUGGAAACCCAGCAAAACCCAUACGUACACCGUUCGAGCGAACUGCCAAGAAGAACCAGUCCAGCUCAGGGUUGAAACACGUCAUACCCAUAUUAAUGAUGAUUACUGGGCGGUCCGCGUGACUCACUUUGAUCACCUCCCUGCCGCCGUCGUGAAGGAAUUCGCCCGAAAGCUUGAUAAUUACGCUAUAGGUCUGGUUGCAGAUCACGCAAAAUGCCAUACCGAAUUUGAACGCCAGUACAUGGACAGCAUCGUUAACGCCGAAACCGAGCUUAGUCGUGUUCCCGGUCAAGAUGACAGUACUGCUUCAACCUACCUCAGUAAGGUGAAAUACGAUUUCGGUGCGUUCUUAUCACACCGAACGUUUUACAAUUUGGUUUACGUCUCAAAAACCAAUGAGUAUCAUGAAAUUAUUCAGCUUCCUAUCCAAGAACAGAUGUGGUCGCUGACUAAGCCGAAGGGGCCAGAAACGAUAGGGAAGUACGCUCUGGUCGAACGCCUUAUUUAUGACGCCGACAGUAAAAAACUCAGCUGGAUAAUGAUGACCACGCUGAGUGCAGGGGGAUUUGUUCCGAACUUCCUUGUUAAUCACAAGCUUUGUUCGGUUAUAGCGGAGGAUGUUCCCAAAUUCUUCGACUGGGCCUACAAUAUGCCAUGA